AUGCCACUAAAUGAACAAGAAGCAGUAAUCCUAGGUAUAGAGCCAUUAAAACACAAAACCUACAGAGCAAUCAUUAAACGUUACGAAGCAUUGGCUAAAGAGAAUGAGUGGACCAAUGAGGAUAAGUCAGUAUGGCCAAUUUCAAGAGAAAACCUCACCAGGUUUAUAACGCACUUACACCUGAAAGUAGCCCCCCAAACUAUCACAUCAUAUUUGUCGGCUCUUAAGCACCACCACACCAUGAAUCACCUGAAGUGGGACGAAAUACGCUAUGAUCCACUAAUAAAGCAGUUACUGAAGACGAUAGAGAAUAAUCACAUAUUUAAACCAACAAGACAAAAAGAGCACAUAACACGUGACCAACUAUGGUUAAUUAAAACAAAGCUAAAUCCUGGGGAACCUGACGACAUAUUAUUUUGGUCAGUUGCAUUGGUAGCAUUUUACGGAUUGGCACGUCUAGGCGAGCUUUUACCAAAGUCAAACCAGGAUAUGGGUAAG